CGGUCGUCGUCGCGUCCUCCGGCAUCAUCACCCGCCGCCGCCGCCGCCGCCGCCGACAUAGCCGAAGCACCAGCGCUUGAGCGUAGUUCAGGAGCGAGGAUUGGAGUGAUGUCCGCUGAGGAGGCUGCCGCUGCCGCGACCGAGGUCCCCGAGACCGAGGUCGAGUCCGAGGCCCCGGCCGCCGAGGAGGCGGAGGCCAAGCCCGCCAAGGCCAAGAAGGCGCCGAAGGAGAAGAAGGCGCCCAAGGAGAAGAAGGCCCCCAAGGAGAAGAAGGAGAAGAAGCCCGCCGCGGCGAGGAAGACGGCCGCCCACCCGCCGUACGCCGAGAUGAUCUCGGAGGCGAUCGCGGCGCUCAAGGAGAGGACCGGGUCGAGCUCGGUGGCCAUCGGCAAGUACGUGGAGGAGAAGCACGGCGCGAAGCUGCCGCCCAACUUCCGCAAGCUGCUGGCCGGGCAGCUCAAGAAGCUCGCCGCCGCGGGGAAGCUGACCCGCGUCAAGAACUCGUUCAAGCUGCCGGCCGCCGCCGACGCCAAGCCCAAGGCGGCCAAGCCCGCCGCCGCGGCCAAGCCGAAGCCAGCCAAGGCCGCCAAGCCCGCGGUCAAGCCCAAGGCGUCCCCGAAGGCCAAGGCCAAGAUCGCCGCCAAGACCAAGACGGCCGCCGCCUCCCCCAAGCCCAAGGCCAAGGCCGCCCCCGCCGCGGCGCCCAGGCCCCGCGGCCGCCCGCCCAAGGCCGCCAAGACCUCCGCCAAGGCCUCCCCCGCCAAAGCCGCCGCCAAGAAGGAGAAGCCCGCCGCCGCUGCUAAGAAGGAGAAGAAGGCCGCGGCGAUGCCCAAGAAGGGUGCCGCGGCACCCAAGAAGGCCGCCGCAUCCCCGGCCAGGAAGGGCGCGGCGAGGAAGGCCAAGAAGUAGGCCGCCUCCCUCCCGUCCGUCCUCGUCGCCGGCGAGCCCGCCAUUCCGCCUAUAGAUGCUCCCCCUUCUCCCUGGAUUUUGCAAUCCAUUCGUCGUAGCUUCAUCGUCUGGAAAUGAAAAUGAAAUCGGUGCCUAGCUCUAGCAGAUCCGUCGGUAGUAGCAUCAGCAGUAGUCGUUCUGUAAAAUCUUGAGGUGCCGGUCGCGUCCCGUCCCGUCCCAUCGAUCGGCAUGCUCCUCUCUCUUGCCUGUAUGAUGAACUGAGUUAUUAUUAUACCAGUAAUGUUAUCUCCCGGGUUCGUCUGCUCCUAA